CCGCUGCCACGACGUAAGCGCGUCAACGCCGUGUCGCCCACUGUCAAUGAACCACCACCACCUCGAAAGCAGAAGCAGUCUUCUCCUAGAACACAACCUGAUGACAGCAACGAGUUUAUGCUUGUCUUGUAUCCCGACAGUAAUAAAUCAGCUGAAAAAGCAGAAAAAAGAAAAUCGUUUCAACUCGACUUGGAAGAUGCACUUUCGCCACCGCCACUUUCGCUUUCUGCUCCAGAGUUAAGUACACGAAACAUAUUACCAUUUAAAGCACUACGUAAUGCAGUAAGCUCCACGGAACUGUUGCACGAGAGAGCUAUGGCUCGCUUCUACAAAGCUAUAGCUAUGAAGGAAGAGCAGACGAAGCAACACGACGAAGUAACCCACAGACACAACACCAUAAAUAAUGACAUUCCUUACAAACCAGAUGAACAUCAACAAGAGAUUAUCAAUAAUAAUCAUACACCCAAAUCACCAGUACCACCAAAUACAGGAACUUUUAAGACACCUGAAAUUUUCAUUAAAACGGAUUCAAUUGAAAAUAAACAGUACAAAUAUACCCCAGAGCUAGUGUCCCAAGAUUCAGAAACAUCACAAAAUAAGUGGCAACAAAUGUCAUUUGACGAAGAUUAUACAGCAAGCACUGUUUCGACAGAUGGAGAGUAUUCAGAUGAAGAUAGCCUCAGUGAAGAGAUCGAUAGGCUCCAAUAUAAUGUCGAAGAGGAAACAUAUAACCCAAGAAAUAAAACUACCCGCCCGUCACCAGUUAAGGAAUUAUCAGAAGAACACGAAUUAGAAAAUAUGGAAAAUGAACUAGAAGAAGAGAGACCGAAGUUAUCACCUCUUCCAGAUCCUAAUUUUAUUCCAAAGCCUAUACUUAAACGAAGAGAAGCUGAUAAUGUUAAUAAUGUGCAUGUUAAUAAGUCUGAGGUAGGAGAAAAUCAAGUUGACAAUAACAGAAAAAAAGAAAAAAUUACACUAUUAAAGAGAAUAACAAAAAUGCCUGUGCAAAAACCCUUCAAUCUACCUAAAAUUCUGAACAAAAAAGAAAAAGACAAAAAGGAUGGAUCUAAUAUUCAAAACACUGAUAAUAAAACUGAAGACAAUUUAGAAAAUAUCAAUGACAAAGUUAUUGAAGAAAGCAAAACUGUUAUAGACUAUUAUGGUAACAUUGUAAAAGAAUACGGUAGUCAUAAAAAGUCGACGACACCUCUAUAUCUUAGUACAGAUGAUUUGAAGACCGUAGCUGAAAAACAACAGUUAGUCAGUAAAGAAGAAGAAAUAGAAAGUCCCAGCGUUCAUGAAGAGAAAAACUCGAAAUCUGAGAAAAAACAGAAACCUUUAUCAAAGGAAUCUCUUGAAAGUAAAUCUAGAAGUAAAGCUUCAACUUUAGUUGCAAAAACUAAAAAGCCAGUUAAAAAACACGUUACUGCACAACCUGAAACUAUUCGGAAAAUCACACCGAAAGUAGAAAAAAAUAUUCCAACUAAAGAACAGGAUUCUAAUUUAAAACUUCCAAUCAAAACUAGUCAAAACACACAAGUAGUGUUAAAGAAAACUGAAAGAGCUACAAUAAUUAUACCAAUAGAUUAUCAAAAACUUGAAGAGCGAGCUAAAAGAAAUGUUAGGACAGCUAUAGAUUACACGGUGGAUGUAUGUUUGUUGUUGUUAGCUUUUUGGGUUUAUCUAUUCAAGGAUGAGAGACUAGCAAUACCGAUUCUUAUUUUAAUUAUUUAUCGACAGCUGCAAGAAACUUUUCUCCUUGAUAUUCCUGAGUGGUUAAGAACGCACGCUCCUGAGUGGCUCAAGAAAAAAACUUCUUGACCUUUCCAAAAGACAUGUGUGU